UGACGUCACCGAUGACGCGUUUUAACCGUAAUAAAACCAGCAGCUUCAGCCUCGUGUCUGCCGCUGGCCUCCAACCUCCACUCGGAUAAGUUAUACCACCUGAAAAUAAACAAAAUAAAGACGUCUUCCGGCGGGAAAUAUGGCGAACACAGAGGGAAGUAAACUUUGGGGAGGUCGUUUUGUGGGAGACACGGAUCCAGUCAUGGAGAAGUUCAACUCGUCCGUCGCUUAUGACCAGAGGAUGUGGGACGCAGACAUCCGAGGGAGCAAGGCUUAUGUCAAAGCUCUGGAGGAGGCGAAGCUGGUCAGCACGGAGGAAAUGGAGCAGAUCUUACAGGGGUUAAACCAGGUUUCUGAGGAGUGGUCAAAAGGUGUUUUUGUGCUCAAACCUGAAGAUGAAGACAUUCAUACUGCCAACGAGCGCAGGCUUAAGGAGCUGAUCGGCGCUGCAGCAGGGAAGCUGCACACGGGCAGGAGCAGAAAUGAUCAGGUGGUGACUGACAUGAGGUUGUGGCUGCGAGAUGCUAUCACGACCCUGUCGAACUAUUCCCUGCAGCUCGUGUCGACCCUGGUGGAGCGGGCAGCGGUAGAAAUUGACGUCCUGUUCCCGGGUUACACCCACAUGCAGCGAGCUCAACCAAUUCGAUGGAGCCACUGGAUUCUAAGCCACGCCGUCGCUUUAAGCAGAGAUGUGGAGCGGCUCCUGGAGAUCAAGAGACGAGUGAACGUCCUACCUCUCGGCAGUGGCGCCAUCGCUGGGACACCAUUUGACAUCAACAGGGAGCUUUUGAGAAAAGAGCUGGGAUUUGAUGGCAUCAGUCUGAACAGCAUGGACGCCACCGGCCAAAGAGACUUUGUCGUGGAGUUUCUGUUCUGGGCUUCACUGUGUUUGACCCACCUCAGUAAGAUGGCCGAGGACCUCCUGUUGUACAGCACCAAGGAGUUCUCCUUCAUCACACUCUCUGACGCCUACAGCACAGGCAGCAGUCUGAUGCCUCAGAAGAAGAAUGCUGACAGUCUGGAGCUGAUUAGGAGUAAAGCAGGUCGUGUUUUUGGCAGAUGUUCAGGCUUCAUGAUGACGCUGAAAGGCCUGCCCAGCACCUACAACAAGGACCUGCAGGAGGACAAGGAGGCCAUGUUUGACUGCUAUGAUACUGUCCAGGCUGUGCUGCAAGUUACAACUGGAGUCAUGUCCACUCUUAAG